ACGUUAACGCCAUUUUACACGGAAGUAAAUAAUGCAGAGGUUAUAACAGUAAAUCGUUUUCCACUAUUGAUCGACUGGCUACGCCUCUCUGAUAUAACUGAAGUGAACAAUAUCGGCAGCAAGCAUAUACGUAGACUAUUGUGACAACAACAGUACGACUGACGUAUGCUUAAAAGGUGUUUUGUACAAAUUUCACACAAAGAAUGACUGUGUGGCAAAAGCAGAGUCAGCCGUACAAGGUUGGCUUCAUUGGGGUCGUGGCAGGGGCUCUGCUGUUUGUUGUGGGAUUCUGCACCCCGUCAUGGGUGAGCUUCACCGGUAUGGGCAUAUCGCAGAGCAUGGGUCUCUGGCAGAUAUGUACCAUUGACCUCUCGGUCUGUACCAUGUCGGUUAGCUCUGACAACCCAGGUUUUCUGAAAGCUGUUCGGGCCUUGGAGUGUAUCUCUAUGUUCUUCGCUGUGGCUGCAUGCAUUGUGGGAUUGUAUAGCAACUUUAUUCUCAAGACGAGGCUUGCAACAGAUUUUUUUAACAAGAACAUGGAAACUUCGGCAGUAGUGUCAGUGAUCUUUGGAUCGUUCGGGCUGGUUAUCUUCGCCACGCAGAUCCACAGCUACCACAGUAACAUGAUGAACAAUGUGUCAUGGGGAUUUAUCCUGGUUUGUGUGGCCACCACCCUCCUGGGACUGGGGGCUUUCCUCAUGCUCAUCUCGCACAAGAUCCGCCUGAUCGCGCUCCAGGACCGCUUCGCCCACCGUCAUUUGGAGAACUCGUUCCACACUCAGGUGGAUUUCCCGGAUUACGUUUCCGAGGGCUGUGACAGGCACGCGUACAUUUCACCGUACGAGUACGACAGUCACAUGGACUACGGUCCCCCGGCUUACGAGACUGUGGUGAACUGUAUCCCUCAAGACGAAGUCGCACCUCCACCCUACGCAGAGGUUGCAAAACUGCCAGAGUGAUUCAAGCAAGUUGGAGUGAUGUCAGAGACGGUGAUUGUUGCUCUGCUGUGUUCAGCAGAUAUACCGUGUUCAUAUAUAAUAUUCAUAUAUAUAUAUAUAUAUGUCUGUGUCUCUCAUUACUGCAGCUCUGGUUCGGACCUCACUGAAGGAAACUUCCUACCUUCACUGGCAUGUGCCCAUCUUAUUAAUUCAGACGUGAUAUAGGAUAUGUAUAUGUGUCACAUCAUGGUGGAGUGGGGCGCUCGUCAAUGGUAGAGCACAUGGAGCUAUUGUUACAUUUAAGCUCGUUAAUUUGACUUGCUAAUGAUGAGAGAAAAAAAAGACUUGUUUACAUUGAAUCGAAGAUGAGAUAUAUUUUGUCAUUGAAGGAAGUUCUGGACACCUUGUGUCAGAGGUAAAAAUCAGGGAGAAAAAUAGCCACCAAAGUUUGAUGACUUCCUAAACUGUACUUUUCUCAGAAACUGCAAAUUUACAUUUUUUGUGCUGCUGUUCAAUGUUUUUCAGUAAAAUUCACUCAGAACUGUGUUUUUCCAGUGAACAUAAUACUUAUAGAUGUAUUCAAGUUCCUAAAAAUGUUGAUUUGUUCGAUUUCAUUAUUUGGACAAGUGCUUGAUUUCACCAUGAUGCUACACAUUUACAUGUUACUUGUGCAACGUCUAGCCUUGUGUAAAAUCUCCAGAUGUAUGUGCCUCUAUCACCAUUGUUUAUGCGCACCAUCAAAGAUUCACUCAUCAACAAAGAAAAAGAAAAAACGUUAAUCACUACUCUACCAUUUCACAAUUGAGACAGAAAUGUGAAGCAUUCUAUAAUUACAGUGACACAGGAAGUCUGCUGGUAAGAAUGAGAGAUCUGAUUUCAUGAUGGGAUUGUCUUUGUCUUCAAGAGAUUGAUGAAUGAUACUUUGAUUUGGAUUUUCCAAUGUUCGGCUGUGACAUAUAUGCUGCUCGUAUCUUGUAUUGAAAACACAAGUGGCUUCAAGUUUACUGUGGGGCUUUGUCCGGUUUGUGUUGAAUUUUUUUGUUUUUAGAGAGAAGAUGACUACAUUUUCUUACAGUUUUGUCCAGUUGCUUCAACAACAAAAAAGUCAAUGUUCUGAGAAAAGUGUUACUACAUGAUAAUAUUUCUCUCAGUAGAUUUUGCAACUGGCCUCUUUUUCUUUCAAGAUGAGAAUGAAUUCAGUCUCUGACAUCCUUUAAAAUGUCUAAUUGUUUACUUCAUGGGUGUUAUUCAAAUAGUAUGCUCAUGUAUAUUAUAUCAUGCCUGGAUUUUUUUCUCUCUUAAACUAGAAUUAAAUACAUUAUAGGUUUGGUUUUUUUUAACCCACAUAUGAUGCAAAAAAGCUAUGAUCAGCAAAUAUAUUAGAAUAUCUUGAAGCAUGCAGAUCUUCUAACUCAAAAGAAUGCAAAUAUUGUAGUUGCUGGCUUCUAACUAACGUAUAUAUGUUCCAACAUUGACUUCUUGACGUUAUAUCUGUGUUAAUUCUUUUCAAAAUGUUUUCCAAGCUUUAAAAUUAAUUUAUUGUAAAUAUUUUAAGAUGACAUAUCAGUGUUGAAGCUAUUAUCCAUCGUAGUCAAAUGGCUAUUGAUGGCUAAAAUGAGUUGGUUUAGUCAAACUUCAUGAUUUUAAAAAAACAUUCCCAAAUUCUCUGUCCAUGCUGAGACUUGAAUAGCGCUCUGCCGUCCUGUGACAGAAACUAUUAUCAAUACUAAAUUUUGAUGAAUUCCAUAGGAAGAGAUUCGUAAUGCAGGUUAUGUUCAACAGAAGAUCAACAACCAAUUAGAAUGUGCUGGGGGAUUGAAGUGGAUCCAAAUGUAAGUUGUUUACAAAGUUAAGAAAAAAAAGAGUCUGCUUUUGUCACAUAAUGAAAACCCGUGUAGCCACCAAGUACUGAAGUUAACUCUGAUGCCUUUAAAACAAAUGUGAAAAUGUUUUUAAUAAUUUUCCUUCACUUUAUUCAACAUUUGACUUCCUUUGACGUUUCCUGAUACUUCCAAAUCUCAACAAUAUUUUUAAAGAACAGUUGGGUGGUUUAUAAGGGUUUGUACUGUAUUUUGAUUUGUGAGCAAGACUAAUUUUAUGACUUGGCUAUGGUCAUUAAUUUUUACGCCAAGAAUUAGUUAUAUAUGAAGACUUUCCCAACGUGUGGUUGCCAGCCUUUUUGUCUGUAAUGGGUGGGUGUGUUCAAGAGUGUUUGUCUGAGGGACAUAACUAAAUUGCUCACGACGUUGAGACAGUAUUGAUGUUAUUGUUUUGUCGUUUUACGCCAGGAAUGUGUAAUAUUGUUAUUGUUUUGUGGCGAGGUGAAUGUACUGCAGGAAGUAACCUUCCACCUUAAUCAAGCUGAAUACAACCCAUGUAUGACGGUGCUCUAUUGUUUUGUAGGCACUCGAGUUUGUUGUCACGGCUGAUGAGAUGGAGCACUCCUCGCAGUCUCCUUUCAUGACGAUAAUUUUGUUUUUUUGUACAUAAUAAUUUCUCAACUGUUUUCGUAAAUCAUCGAAUAUGGUGGAAUACAUAGUGCGGCCAGUGUGUCGCAUCUGUUUGCUGUUGUGCUUACAUGGCCUGCCAGCUCUGUAUGACGUCGGUGCGGCUCACAACCGUACAGACUGACGCUGGUGUGAGGGUCAGAUGGACGCACUACCAAACCGAGCCGUCUAUCUCAUUCAGGGAAUAUUGACCGAUGUGGAAUCCCUUUGAAAUAUAUAUUUUUGGUUUAUUGUAUAUCUUCUAUCAAAUGAGAGUUCAAGGUUUUUUUGUGUUUUUUUUUUGCCCCUGUUGUUUUCCUCAAAAGAUUUUUUAUUAUGUAAGUAAUGGAAGGGGCUGUAUAAGAUAAGAGAUACUAGAUCCUUUCAUCUUACUCCUUUGUGUUGGUAGUUUUAAUUUAAAAGAUUUUUUUAUGACUGUAUCUUCCUAAUUAAGCAGGCAACCCCAGGGGAAAACUUCCUCAUCUCUAGAAGUAGGCUAGCUUUCAAACUCUCUAAUAAAAUUCUUUUAAAAAUAUUUUUUUCCAAGACAGUUGAUCUCUCUCUUAUUGUUCGUAACACUAGCAUUUCUUUAUGGCUUUGGCUUUGUUCAGCAAUUUUCUUAGUCUUGUUUUGUCUUAGGGCCGUUUUCUUUGCCCUGUGUUGUGGGUUUUUCUGCUAGCCUCACACUUAUUGCAGUCAGAAUUAGUUCAGUAUCAACAUUCAUAUCCUCUGAUACUCAAACUGGAUCAGAAUCGUGUCCUCGACAGAGAAAUUGUCACCCAGACAGGUCCAGGAAAUGUCACUCCCUCUCAGUUAUUUAGAGCUACUCUUCUCCCUCCAAGAGCUAACAUUGACAACACACUUCAUUGAACAUCACAGCAACUGCUGCAGACCUGCCCUUAUCACUACAUGGCAUUGGACGGAAGGAUGAGAGCCCAGUUGUUUCAGGAUCAAUAACAAAACAAAAUUCUAUAAUUUUAAAAUAAUAUUCAGAAACUUUCAUAAACCACCAAUUUUUAGGGAAGGAAAAAUAUUGGUACAGCACAGAGCGACUUAUUCAUAUAAUGUAAGAUCCCUAUCAACAGUGCAGGGAACAGUUGAAAGUCUCUGUUAUUCUAGGUUGCUCUAAAGACUUUACUUAGACCUCGGUUGAUUUUCUAAAUACUGUAGUUUAUUUUUUCUUGUUAGCAAAUUUUUCUGGCCCUGCUAUUUUGUUUCAAUUUAUUAUUUGUUCGUCUGAUUUAAACCAAAAGUAGUCAAAGAAAUGCUAGUUUUGUUUACACCAAUAUAUAUGGUAGAAGAGGGUUUUCCUGACACGUAAAAUGACAAUGAUAAGAUGUAUUUUGUACCAAGCAGGGAUAUUAUUAAUCAUAAUUAAUGGCCACAUUUUGGUGUCGUUAUGUGCACUGUAUAGUACUCUAUACAUCCUUCUUUGUAUACAUGCAUAUAUACGAAGUAAUGUAAAGAUAAGCACUGUAACUUAUUUCAUGUCACUGGGCUCAAGAUGGUUUUGGCAUUAUCAGAUUUUUUGGUAUAUUUUUGUUGAAAAAGGUUUCCUUCAUGGCCUUCUCCAAUUAAAUUUUUUUUUUUACCUAGGCUUUACAGAUACCGAGGUUUUAGUGAUGCAUGUGACUUUCAUUAUAUAAACAUAUAAAUACUGUGAAAGCCCUGAACUUGCCAAGUGACCUGAUUUUUUCCCUAAUUUUUCACCUUUCUAGCAAAUAGUGAUCACAUGGUGUUCGAUAAUGAUUUAAUUCUGUUACUCCUCAUAUCAAAAGUCUGGAGUGUUUAUUGUUUUGUUUCAAAUUUUAUUUUUUAUCUUCUAUAUAUAAAAAUAAAUUAUAGAAUUUGGCUUCAAAAACAAACCCAAGUUUUGCCAGCAUAUUGGGAUGUUAAAUAAUUUUUCAUAAUCUGCUAUGUAAAAGUCAAAGGAUAUUGAAAACAAUUAUGCUGAAAAUUAACAAAGGUCAAGGGUGAUGCAUAAAAGAAUUUGAAUAAAAUAUAUGCAAAAUGGGCCAGAAGAAAGUAUAGAAGAAUGAUGGUACACGCCCCAACCUUUCACGUAUUGCACAGAGAAAGUAAAAUAAAUAAAUAGCAGACAGUCAAAUUUUCAGAUAAAUGUUUUUCAGUACAUCUAGGUUUUAUGUGGUAAAGCUUUUGAUGCAACUUAACAAUAUGUACCGUAUAAAUAGAAAUUUUUCCAUUCUGCCCCGGUAGUACAGAAUAAGAUAUUGACUACACAGUCUUUGUUGUGGUCCAUCAAUGUUUGAUUAUGACCAUUGACCAAUAAACAUUGAAUAUCUCUGCAGAGGAGAAUUUUUCAUAGAUAAAUAGAAGGGGGAAAAAAGAUUAAGAUGACUUGUGGCUUUUUUCUAUGAGUAUGGGCUAUGGCCAAUGUGAUCAAUUCUGGCAGGGAAGAUUACUUAUUUCACAUUUUGAGCCUUCAAAGGCUACACAAUACUAAAUUUAUUUAUGAACUUGAAAAAAACUACUUCCUUGAAAUGUUGUUCUUUGUCCUUUAAAAAGGAAACAAGACCAUAGCUCUCCCGUGGGAAUGCGAAGACAGUGGUUUGAGCUGGUGGGCUGGAGUCUCGUUUUUAGAAGAGAGUACAGUAGCUGGUUUUGGUUUGUUUUCUCUCAGUUUUACCAAAAGUGAUACAUAUAUGGUUGUUAAUUUGUUUUAUUAUUAAAACCAGUUCUGUGUUGUUUUUAUUAUUUCUGUUUAGUCAAUUAUAAAGUGACAUUUUUAUCACAAAAAUUAUGUGCAACAGGUCCAAACUUCUUUCAAGUUUCAGAUUUGGAGGUGUAGACCUACACUUAUAAAAAUGGCUGAUGUGUUCUGGAUUUGUUCCAAGUUAUCGGGUGUCAUGUUGUUUGUCAGUGUCAAUUCUAAAUAUGAUCUUGGUUCAGAAAUGAUGCGGACAUUUGUUUGUAUGACUAGAUCUAUAUAAUGACAAAUUAAAAGUAAAAUCUGUUCAGGCAUUAUUUCAGAUGAUUUUUAAAGUAUCUUUGCAUUGCUCAACUACUUUUUUUUUUCGAAAGGACAUAGUUUUUUACUGAGAUUUUCUUGUAUUGUUUCAUUAUUAUCAUUACUUUUAGAAAUAACUCUGUGUUUAAGACAUUUUUAUUAUCAGCUUAUUAUGAAACUGUGGUAAAUAAUGCAGGGGUUGUGUUCUUCCGUUUUUUUGUUCUCCUCUCUCUACCAAAACCUGUUUUACUUUUACUGUCUUGUUAUCAUGUACCAUAUUGUACAAAGAAAAUGCCUGGUCGGUCUUUCUUUUUGUAUAAUAUCAAGAAAUGUUACUGUAAUUUGUUUAUGAAAUAAACUUACACAUUGUAGAUUUUGUGUACAUCAUUAA